AUGGGAGACCGCGUCAGUCUCGACAGGACCGCCGGCGCCGCGGAGCCGGUCCCGAUCACGAAGCCGCUUGACGAUGACGCACCUGUGGUGAGCUCUUCGACGGGCAAGCCACAGACGAGAUCGCUAUGGGUGGCGUGGCUGUACAUCUUCGACUGGUACCCUAGUCACUACUCGAAGGAGGAGAAGAAACUGCUUCGAAAGUUGGACUCUGUGCUGCUCAGCCUUUGCUGCUUGAUGUUCUUUCUGAAAUGGCUCGAUUCUGCCAACAUCAACCACGCCUACGUCUCCGGUAUGAAGGAGGAACUUAACCUCAAAGGGAACCAAUACUCUCUAUUCGGCACCUUCUACAACAUUGGUUACCUCAUCUUCGAGAUUCCCUCCAUGAUGAUCAUCUCUCGCCCCAAGAUCACGCGCUACUACCUCCCGACCAUGGAAUGCCUUUGGUCUAUUGUCACCUUCACCCAGUGCCGCCUGCGCAACGAAUAUGACAUUUACGGCAUCCGAUUUCUCUUGGGUGUAUUGGAAACCCCUGCUGCUACGGGAGCGAUUUACCUGUUGACAUCUUGGUACCGCGGUGACGAGCUCUUCAAGCGUGCGGGAGUGUGGUAUGUCUCGAGUAACGUCGGUGCGAUGUUUGGAGGGUACCUUCAGGCGGCGGCAUACAACAACCUCAACGGCGUUAGUGGAAUGGCCGGCUGGCGCUGGCUAUUCAUCAUUGAUGGUAUCAUCAGUCUGCCCAUCUCGAUUGCCGGUUACUUCCUCUUCCCUGGUCUGCCAACAAGUCCCAAAGUCUGGUGGCUCACCGAGGCCGAACAAAAGCUUGCGCAGGCUCGGAUGAGAGACGAUGGAGUCAAGGAGAGCAAGAAGAUCGGCAAGAGAAUGCUCAAGCGCGUGUUCACCCACUGGCACUUCUACAUCGCCGUCUUCACUUACAUCUUCUUCCAGUGCACUUCUUACGUCUCGGGGCAGAUGGCUCUCUGGCUCAAGCAUGAGGCAGACCUCAACGGCACCUGGACCGUCGCCCAGAUUAACACGAUUCCCACCGGUGUGCAGGCCAUUGCAAUCGUGGCGGGUGUCACGGCCACUUCGCUGUGCAUGAUCUACCCCAUCUGGUGUGUCAUGUGCGUAGUGGCUGCGAUUCUCUUCUUUGCCAACGUUUGCCUCUUGAUCUGGGAUAUCCCUACUGGUUUGCACUUUGCCGUCUACUACAUGCUUGGACUCACCAGCUGUGUAACGCCGAUCCUGUUUCCAUGGGUGAACAUGGUCAUGAAAGAUGACAACGAGGCCAGAGCCUUCACAACCGGAGCCAUGAUGACAUGCGGCUGGAUCUUCUUCAGCUUCUACCCCAUCACCGUUUUCCCUGUCGUCGAAGCCCCCAAGUGGCGCAAAGGAUUCACCGUCAACACCGUCUUCGUGGCAACCUGGUGGAUUCUCUUCAUGCUUGGCCAGUAUCUAUGGAGGCGCGACAUCAAGCUCGGAAAGUACAAGACGACUACCGAGACCAGCAGUGUUCAGGAGAUGAAGAAAGACGACGACGAUAUGACGCAUGUUGAGGUCUCUAGUGAGAAGGAAACUAGGGUUUAA